AACCCAAACAAAAAGAGAAACUGCGAUCAAUCAGCGGCCGAUCCGCGUCUCCGUGGUUCCGUGCGCCCGCUUCGAGUCCACCACGAUCCUCUCAGACCCCUAACAGCGACCCAGAGGAGUGUGGGAGCUGCUAAACGCGGAGGGUUUACCGGAACCGGCUUGGAUCGGGCGCAGGCUCGGUUCGGUUCGGGGGUGUAGAAAGGGAUGCGAGGGAACUGUCAACUAUGAUCAUCUCUUGACCCAGUCAGCAUCAGAAGCACACAAAGAGAAGCUCUCCUGCGUAUACACAGAGAUUCAGAACCGAUCCGGUUCGGCUGGAGGCUGGGAUUAGCUUUAGCUUUAGCAUGACAGCAGCGAUGCGCUGAUUCCGACCCAUCUCAUCAUCUUCCCACAGGCUAGCGGAUGUUCCGGCCGUCUCCAUGGAGUUUCCUCAGAUGACACGUCGCUUCAGUGCUCAGGGAUCUGGGGCAUGGUGACUGCUGUCCGUCAGCCAGAGCAGCGGCGUCUAGCAGGGGUCGUCUGGACCUGAGGGAAGACCUCAGAGAGAGGACGCGGACGGGACAACCAAUACGGGAACGAGAGCGAGAGAGACAUGGGGCAGUGUGUGACUAAAUGUAAAAACCCCACAUCCUCUCUGGGCAGUAAAAGUGGCGAAAAGGAUGCUGGGAAAUCGCAUGGUAAAAAAGGCGGCGCGCACAAGGAGGAAGUGGCCAAGUCUUCCACUGACGUCAUAUUCAACGGCACCAAAGUGUCCGAGGUGACGGUGGAGGGCACCACGGCUCCGGCCGUCUCCGCAGACGUGCGGCGGGAGCAGAGCGCACAGGACGGUGAAGGAGUGUCGCUCGCUCGGAUCGACGAGCUGUUCUUGUGUUAUAAGGACGAGCACGAAGAUGCCAUCCUGGAGGAGGGGAUGGAGCGCUUCUGCAACGAUCUGUGCGUCGAUCCGGCCGAGUUCAAAGUGCUGGUGCUGGCCUGGAAGUUCCAGGCUGCUACCAUGUGCAAGUUUACAAGGAGGGAGUUUGUGGACGGCUGUAAGGCGAUCCAGGCCGACAGUAUCCCAGGGAUCUGCUCCCGGUUCUCCGUGCUGCUAGAGGAGUCCCGUGGAGAAGAGAGUUUCAAAGAUCUGUACCGCUUCACCUUCCAGUUCGGGCUGGACGCCGAGCAGGGCCAGCGCUCUCUGCAGCGCUCCAUCGCCAUCGCGCUGUGGCGGCUCGUCUUCACGCUGGACACGCCGCCGCUGCUGGAGCACUGGCUGGACUUCCUGUCGGAGAAUCCGUGCGGCGUGCGCGGCAUCUCCCGCGACACCUGGAACAUGUUUCUGAACUUCACGCAGAGCAUCGGCCAGGACCUCAGCAACUACAGCGAGGACGAGGCCUGGCCCAGCCUCUUCGACUCCUUCGUGGAGUGGGAGACGGAGCGGCGGCGGAGAGAACAGUCGGACUCUGAGGCCGCGUCCGUGUGGCCGGGAUCUUGAGGGCGGGUGCGUUUGGGAUGGGGGUGAAUUCUGGACGAUGACGUGCGGAGGUGUUUCUGAGCCCGUCACUCUCCAUCCUCUUAUUCUAAUUAUUGUUAUGAGAUUUUCCGGUCUUACCGCAUUGGGCAUCCCGGUGCGCUCUCGGACUUCUGUUGUAAUGAAAGGGCUCCAAACGAAUAGUUUUUUAAAGCACUUUUAUUUAAGUUAUUGCUGUUGUUCAUUUCAUUUGUUUUAACGUUUGCAUUUCACCCAGAGCGGUUUCCUUGCGCUAAUAUUUUGGGAUUGACCAACACGCCAAAGAAAAGGGAAUUCUGUCAGCUGCCUACCGAGUUCGAACACACACACACACACACACUCACACACACACAUAUUUAUGCACGAAAGAAACCCGCACACACACACACAUGCCAGCAUUAACGCUGCAGGGGACGUGUUUUAACGGUUAUUUGUGGUUUGAUGGGUGUGUGGUGGUUCUUCUGGUUCUGUUUAACAUCAGACUGCGGUGAUGUCAAAGAACCUCAUUUCUCAUGUGCUUCCCUAAUCCUCUCUGACUUCAUUUUCUUCUCAUUCACGUCUCCUCGGAUGCAUUCAUUCAUUCUCAUGUAUUCUCAGUGGUCAGAUGUGUGUGAGAUUGGGAAAUACAGAUUCAUUUGCAGUUGGAAGUCUGCUGUGAGCUUUUACUGUUAUUUUACAGUUUACAUUAUUUUUUUUUUAAUUCAAAGUGAUUUCAUUUCAGUCUUUUGUGUCUGGUUUUAUAUAAAUGAUACAGUUUAUAAUUAAUAAAAAUGUGUUCAACAUUGGA